CAAGCCGCCGUUGCUUCGCUCCCAGUCCGCUUGCGGCUCGUCGGUGCGAUGGUCUUCAGCUCGCUCCGGCAAAGUGUCGAGCUCAGUCCGACGAAGAGACAAGCAAGGGGCACAACAUCAACACCGAUACCGACAUCGACGCCAAUCCCGGCACCCGAAUUGAUUUGUUACCUCGACACGCCGACCAAGUCACAGGGUGGCGACGAUGCCGAGGCAGGACCAGUGCCGCGGCAACUUCAGGAGGAGGAAGAGGAGAAGGAACAAGAGCAGAAGCCGGAAAUUUAUGGCCAUCUAGUCAUGCUCGACGAGGAAGAGGAGUACAGAUAUCCGAUGACAAAGCUCAGGACGACAAUGGGAAGGUCCAAUGACAACGACGUGCGCUUCAUGAGCGCAGAGUGCUCUCGAAGACACUGCUGGAUCCAGUUUGAAGAGGAGCCAGAGCUUUCGAGGACGGCUCAUCUCCACAUCAAGAACGCAAAGGGAUUGAGGCUCAACGGCCAGCGCUUGUCAAGAUUAGGUACCGAUGACGCCUCACAAGGAGUCCAUCGUCUCGCAGAGGGCGAUGUGCUGCAAGUCUUUCACCAUUCGUUCCGCGUUCAAUUUUCAGUUGGGAAAAGGGAUCAAUACCAAGCGCGGUCAACGCUCCCAGACACACCGGUGGCUGAAAGUAUGCGAGAUCCAAGUCCUAGCCGCGUCAAGGGGGCAUCUCGCUCUAACGAUCAGAUGUCGCAGAGAGGGGCAGCGACAGGUGCCGACGGUGAGGUCGAAUGCAAUACGAUGAAAGACGGAGGAGCAGACUCGAGGGGCAAAGAGGACGGGGAGUCGUGUUCACCACAGAAGAGGGCGAAAGCAAGCAGCAGACCAAUCUUCCGCUUGCCUCCGCAGAACCCCUCAGCCAACCUCGCCUCUAGAGGUAGGCAAAGCAUUGCCGUUCUAUACACUCCGCCCACCGGAAAGCAAUCGACGAGCCGGGAGAAAGUCGCACCCCAAACAGAGCCCAGAAAGGCGAGGCCAGGCUUUGACCAGGCGCUACGCACCGGCCCAGUCUUGGGUACAUCCUCUUCGGCAAGGAGCGGCUUGACUCCGAUGAUGGAGGAAAUGGCCGGCGAGCAGAAAAGAGACGAAUCCGACUCUGACGAUGAGGAGGAGGCAAUCGAGAGGGACCUCUUUGCUCCGGGAAACGCAGCUGCCGUGCAGUCUGAAAAGAGACUAAGUCCUGUCAGUGUUGAGGCCGAUGAAAACUUCGACGCCGUCCAAGAGGACUCUCAGACGCAGGCAAGGAUGCCUCAGAAGGAAGAGGGGGAGGCGGAGGCGGACGAGGACGAGGAGGAACACCAGCAGCAACACCAGCAGCAGCAGCAGCGUCAACAGCAGAAUCGUCAGCAGCAUACGGCUAUGGAGCAAGGCGUAGUCUCAAAGGAAAGAAGAGAAGAAGAGGCGCAAACAAAGAGUACCAGGCGAAGAUCUAGUUUCAUCGGCCUGGCAGGGGCAGCGCUUGCCGGCCUCUUCACGAGUGAAGGCAGAGACGAGGCGCAAAGGACCAAGAAUGAGCAAGACGAUGAUGAUAUCGAUGGGUCUUUGGACGAGGAGGAAGUAUCCUCGAGGCCACCUAGGCCCGUGACGCCCCCACAGCACAUCGAAGAGCGAAUGUCUUCGCCACUUUCCCCUCCCUUGGCUCUGACGAUGGAGGUAACGCCGCCGCUCGACGACUGGGGCAUGCCUCGCCUUCCCCGGAGUGCAAGCUCGCCCGGUCGUCUUUCGCCGUCGAAGCGAAAGGUGAGCUUGCGUACCGCGACGCUGCUUCGCUCCAGCCAGCCUUACUACGAGCGCGAGAUUGCCAUGCUUCGUACGCCGCCGCCUUCUCCCCUUGCGAUCGCUGCCUCUGCCACGUCACCCUCGUUUGGCUCCGCAAUGGCUUCGUUGCAACGGCUCGUCGAGGUGGAGAGCCUGAAUAGCGACAACGACGGAACUCACAAAGAAAAGAAGCUCGCUGAUGCAGGGGAGAAAAGGCAGCAGGAAGAGAGACAGGUCAUCAUGGCACCUGUCGAGGAAGAAGAAGAUGAGGGAGAUGAGGACGAGGUGAAUAGGAGCCUGAGCCUGGUCGACGGCGACGGCGACGUAUGCAUGCAAGAAGUCGAGCUCCCUCGAGCCAGACUCAGUGCUUCCAUCUCGGACUCUGCCCUCUUUGGCCAAUUCUCGGCAUCUACAGCCUCAUCGACCUCGUUGGGACGAGUAAAACCUCGGAUGAGUACGCCGCAGCUGCACAUUUCCAAAGCGGGAGUCACCAAGGGGAUUAUGCUGGCUGCUUCCGAACCUGCCGCCGCCGCUGAAAGGACGGCAAAGGGCAGGAAAUCUUUGCCAGCGAAACUGCUCAGUAGUCAAAUGGCACAGGACAGAGGAGGUUCUCGACAGGAGAACCAAGCUGAGCAGCCUCUGGCGGUACGUGCUCAAGACCAAGUAUGUGCAGAAGAGCAAGCCGGGCAAGCAGGUUCCGACGGCGAUGCCAAUGAGGAAGCGGGAAUGCCAAGGUAUGGGCAAUUGCGUCAAAUGAUGGAAAAGGAUCCUGAGUUGGCCGCUUUGUUGAGCGGCAUUGGUUCCAGUCCCGAGAAAUCGUCCUCGUCACAGCAUUAUGACACAAAUCCAACGACUUCAGCUACCAUCGGCAUCCGAGUGAUGCAUGUGAGAGACGAGUCACUGGCUAGGGUCCUGGACGACGGACAGGCCAUCGACGAGAAUCGCGACAAAAAUAUUUCGCAAGAGCCUUGCUCUCCACGCUUCUGCGUUUCCGAACAAUUCGGCAAGCUCUCCAACCUUGACGUGCUUCAAGAGGACGAGAAAGAGAAAGAACCUGUAAUCACUUUGGUGGCAGCUCGACAGACGAACGAAGCGGGGGAAGACACGGCAAAGCUGUCUCUCUUUAUCGCAGAAGCACGAGAGGAGACAAAGCCGGAACUCUCAGUGCCGGGGACUGGGAAGGAAAUGAUUAACGAAGAUCAAGAGAGUCGCCUUGGCGAAGUCAAUGAGGCAGAUGGCCAAAUCGAAGCUUUCGUCACGACAAAGGCAGCUGGUGUUCACGACGAGAAGUCCAAGGGACAGGAUAAGGAGCAAGUUGCUGCAGAAAAUCUAGAAGAGGAAGGCGUCCGACAAAUCGAGGAGUCUGUGCACGACGAAAGCAAGCAGCUCGGCGAUCGGCGCAGUGGGUCAAUGAAUGUAGAGUGUCCCAUCAAGACGAUAGGCUCGCCAGGGUCAGAGACGACCCAAACAGGCGACAUCGACACCCCGCAAAGGCCUUCCCCUACGGCGGGACAUGUUACCCAGCUUGAGCCAGCAAAUUUGACCCAACCAGUUGCUGAGAAGGACGAGAACCCCAAGGUUGAUACCUCAGAGCAAACUAUGCAACGCCCAGAGGUGACAAAGAGUAUAGUGCGCGGAGCGCGUGCGGCAAAACUCGCUGCUCUGGCCGCAGUCAGCAGUCGUUCGGUUUUAGUUCCAGAGGUUGAGGCUGUCGCUCCGCGAAGCGAGGCUACAGCAGAUCGAGGGCAGAGCAUCGGAACAACGACCACACUUGAGCAAGGUCUAAUCAGCGGGAGCCGAGAAGAAGGGAAGGAAGCUCGAUUAUUGCCUUCGCUCUCGACUAAGCGGACUAAAGAGAUCAGAUCUGCAACGAUCAAGGCCACCAUAGCGUCGCAGAAAACUUUGAAAACGGCUGCAAGCAGACCCACAAGAGCAACGGCCAACCUGUCUGUAACGUCAGGCGACCACAGAAACGAAGAGAGCGACGGCCCAGCUUUAACGAGCAAUGUAGUCGCAUUGCGAAAGACGACUCGAGCGACAGCUGCAAAGGCAAAGGAGACCAUCAAAUCUGCAUCUUCUCCCAUCAAGGCAACAGAAUCUCAAACGAAGGGCACAAGAAUGAAAAAAGCGGUACUCAGUGAAGGAUCCAAUAAUCUACCUUCGAAUCAAGUCACCAACGCAAACGAAGGAUCAGAGACUGGGUUGCCGACGAACAAACCGAUUAAAGGCACCAGACUUCAGACAAAGUCUGGAGCAGCUUCUUCACGUGGUGGUGCGAGGAUGUUGGGAGUCUCUUCCUCCGCUGUCUCUACUGCCUCUCAAGACGAUGAUCGGCCUAUGCCAGCAAGUGACCCCGGGCCUACGACCUUCUCGAGCAGCACAAGGAGGACAACAAGAAGUCGUGCUGCUGCUGCCGCCGCUGCCGCCGCUGCCGCCACUGGCGCUGCGCGAAAGUGACCUCCUAUUCAUCCGGUUCCCCAAGCCAAUUCUCCUCUUUUCAACCUGCUGCUCUAUAACGUCGCAAUGACAGAUCAGCUCACGUCUCCUAUGACAAUGUUUGCUUCCAUUGAGGGAGCCUUAGAGAUUUUAGGCGACUGAAAUGGCUGAUUAUCCAACAAAGCAAUAAGUGGAGAAUAGGACUCGACACCACCCU